UGGUUCAACGUCUCGUCCACGAUCCUCAACCUCACCUCCCGGAAGCUGCACCUCCAAAAAGACCACCCCGUGUCCAUCACCCGCCAAAUCAUCGAAUCCGUGUUCCCCUCCCCCACCUACCUCAGCUACAACAACCUCGACCCUGUGGUUACGACCCACGAGAAUUUUGACUCGUUGGGGUUUCCGCCCAACCACCCCGGCAGAGCAAAAACCGACACUUAUUACAUCAACUCUACCACCUUGCUACGGACGCACACGUCGGCCCACGAGGCGGAGUUAUUCGCCGCGUCGAAAUCCCCGGGAUACCUCAUCUCGGCUGAUGUCUACAGAAGAGACGAAAUCGACAAGUCCCACUACCCCGUCUUUCACCAGAUGGAAGGCGCCCGGGUCUGGGACCGCAACACGGUCCCGAACGGUGACAUCGUGGCGGCUGUACACAGAGAUUUGGACGCCCUACCGAAACAUGAAAUGAUCAUCGAGGACCCCAACCCCCCUUUUCACCCGGAGCGUAACCCCUUACAGCCAUCCCACACCCCUGAGGAGGCAGAGGCGGUGGGGAAGCAUCUGAAGCGAUCUCUGGAAUUGAUGGUGGCGGAGAUUUUUAAACGGGUGAAGGAGUCUCACGCCCGGGCGGGGGUGAAAGAGCAGGAUGGGGAGCCGUUGAAGGUUAGAUGGGUGGAGGCUUACUUUCCUUUCACGAGCCCCAGUUGGGAGAUGGAGGUUUGGUAUCAGGGGGGUUGGCUGGAGGUUUUGGGGUGUGGGGUGAGUCAACAACACAUCCUUAACGACGCGGGUGUUCCCAAUCAAAUAGGCUGGGCUUUUGGCUUGGGGCUGGAGAGGAUUGCAAUGUUGCUUUUUCAGAUACCUGAUAUCAGGUUGUUUUGGUCGCAGGACGAGAGGUUUUUGGGGCAGUUUAGAGGGGUGGAGGGGGAUUUGGGGAAACUGAGGCCGUUUGUGGGGUUUAGUAGGCAUCCGGCUUGUUACAAGGAUGUCAGCUUUUGGUUGCCGGCUGGGAGCACGGGGGCUGCGGCGGCGGGGGGGAAGGGGAGGGAGGGCGAGGAGUGGCAUGAGAAUGAUUUGAUGGAGGUGGUGAGAGAUGUUUGCGGGGAUGUGGUGGAGGAUGUGGUCUUGAUGGAUAGCUUUACGCAUCCCAAGACGGGGAGGAGGAGUUUUUGCUAUAGGGUGAAUUAUCGGAGCUUGGAGAGGACGUUGACGAAUGAGGAGGCGAAUGGGUUGCAUGAGAGGGUGAAGGGGGAGAUGGUGGGGAGGUUGGGGGUUGAGAUUAGGUGA